AUUGUAAACACGCACUAAUAACGUCAUCGCGAUGGUUCACAAUUUUAGAUAGUAUUAUGAUAAUAUUACAAAAGAUUUUAAUUAUAGACCAAAAAUGACCGAAGAUCAAGAUGCGAAGGACUCUCAUUCGGAUUCAGGCAGUAAAACAUUUGUUAACAAGAAUAAAGAUAAAAAGGCAAAACCUCAUCGACCUCUGACAAAAAUAAUUUUACGACGAUUGCCAUCGACUAUGACUGAAGAAGCAUUUCUCGAGCAAGUGUCGCCAAUACCUGAACAUGACUAUUUCUACUUUUCUAAGCCAGACACCUCACUUGGUAACAAUCUUUACUCGAGGGCCUAUAUAAACUUCGUAAAUGUUGACGAUAUUUAUCUCUUUAGAGACAAAUUUGAUGGCUAUGUGUUUUUAGAUGAAAAAGGUGUGGAAUAUGUUGGAAUUGUGGAAUAUGCACCAUUCCAAAGAAUCCCUAAGAAAAAAAAGAAGAAAGAUCCAAAAUGUGGAACACUUGAAAGUGACCCAAUUUAUCAAGAAUUUUUGGAAAGUCUAACCAAGGAUCAGGAAACUGACAAUCAACCUAAGCUUGAAUAUUCCUAUCCUGUUAAUGACAGCAAUGAGAAAAAAGUUCAAACUACACCAUUGUUGGAAUAUUUGGCUGCUCGUAAACAGGAUAAGCGAGGAAGAGAUGAACGACGCAGACGAGAGAAUGAUAAGAGGAAGAUGAGGAUUGAAAGGAAAUCUAAAGAUAUAUCUAUCAAAAAAUACGGUGAUCUUUCCGAAGAUGAAGGCUAUGAUAAAAGUGAUUUUCUUAACAAUAAAUAUAGUAAACAUUGUGCAUGGUACGGAGAACAAAGAAUUUAUCAUAAAACCAAAAGUAGGACUGUCAGUGUAAAGUCUGAAGUGAGUGAUUUGAAAGUACAUCAUGGAUCUGAAGAUUUAAUUAGUACAGAUUCAGAUUGGGACUCCCAAUUUCCAGCUCUUACUAUGAAAACACAUAAUACAUUCACUCUGACUUCUGCAAAAGUUAAUGAUAAACAAGAAGCAAUAGAAGGUAGUCAAAAAUCUGGUGGUGACACUUUUCUAAAGGAAGAAGAUCUUAUGGACAGUGAUGUGAAAAAAAUUAAAUCGAGAGAGUGGGACAAAGAAAAACCCAAUGAUUUUAAAGAUGACGAUGGAACAAUAUAUGAAUCUCGAUCUUAUAAAGAUCGUAAAAUUGGCUCUAGCAAUGUAGUUGAGAGGAAGAAAAAAUAUGAUAAUGAUAAGAAAGGUAGCUACGGGAAAGAUGACGAUAAUUUUGAUGAAGUUGACUAUAAAAAAGAUAAAAUUGACAAAUUAUUGGAUUCACCACGUGAACAGAAGAGUAAAAAGUACAGUGAUACCAGAAAAGAAAGAAUCAAACUAGUAGAUGGAAAAUCAGAGAAACAAAAUACAAUAAAUAAAAUGAUAUCAGAAACCAAACCGAAAUCAUUGAAUCAUGAUGACAUUAAACCAUUUACUCAAUUGCCUCAAGUGAAAACUGAUGAUUUGACUAAAUUCCUUGAGAGCAAAGCCAGAGGAGAAGAUCUGAAUGCAAAACAUGCUAAAAGUUCCAAUGAAGACAUAUCUUUCAAUGAAAAUAAAUAUGAAGAGUCUAAUGACUCCAAAAUAAGAAGAAACAGCUUAGAGCCUGGUGAUUUCACCUCUAAAGAGAAGUCAAUGUUACAAAAACAAAAAUCGCUAGAAGAUAGAAGCAAGUCCAUUGAAAGGGAAGAUUCAGAGGAGAAGGAAAAAAGUGAAAGUACAGAUCGUCGUACCGAAAGAAGAAUCAGAAACAAGGAUCGUCCGAGCCUCGUCAUAUACCAGCCGGGCAUGGGCAAGUUCAGCAAACAGCGCCUGGCGAAGGAGAAAGACGUGCCCACUGUGAAAGCGGUUAACGAUAGUGAAAAAAAGGACACUUGAGAUAAAUGUCACGAUACCCUAAUCUUGGACAACAAUCAACGGAAUUACCCUGAAGCUGGCAUUCAGAAAGUUUCCUUGAGGACUGUAGACGAGGAACCUUGAAUUUGCCAACUGAGGGAACAGCUGCUCGUAUUAACUCAAAAGUUAUUUUUAUUAUCUUUUACACGCAAUUUGAAUGCCUUGGAAAAUUCACGUUCAUUAGAAAAAUCAGUGUUAGCAUUUGAUGCUCCAUAUUUAACUUGCGAUUUUUAGUUUGGUUUGUUUUAUUUCAUUUAAAUAUAAUUCAUUUUGCAUAA